CGCAGAAAAUUCCUUGGCUCCAACUCCAAGAGGCGGGCGCCCCGGUGCACGUACGUGCACAUGGCGGCAGUUGCCACCAAGGUGCAGGAGGAGGCUACGCCAUGGCGCCUGCUCCUCCUUGGACGUCACCAACGAUGGCGCCGCCGCCGCCGCGGAAGCCAUUGCCAUUGCUCCUCCUCUCCCUCUCACUCCCCUUCCUCCUGCUGCUUCUCUCCCUCGUCUUCCUCCUCUCGCACACCACCUUUAGCCUCCUACUAUGUCCACUCCUCCCGCGGCCAACUUCGAGGCCGAAUGCUGCGGCUACGACGGCUGCGUCUGCUCCCACCCUUGAUGCCUCCAUGGACAAGACCUUGAGAGCAUUCCAUGCCUCGUCGCCGCCGCCGCCGCCGCCGCCACCUCCUCUUCCGCCGGCGCCUCCUCUUCCUGUUGCUUCUCGUGCUAAGAGCGGUAAGAAGGUGUCCACGAAGAGAAACAAGAGCCUCCUCAAGCUUCUGCACAGGCAGACACCCCGGGCACGGCUGUUCGCGGCGCGCGCGGCCGAGCUCUUCGGCUCGCCGCGGCCGUGCACGCGCCGCUUCUUCAUGACGUGGCUCUCCCCGCUCGCGCAGUUCGGCCGCCGCGAGCUCCUCGUCGUGGAGAGUCUCUUCAGGUCUCACCGCGACGCCUGCCUCCUGAUCGCCUCCGAUACCAUGGACUCCGAGGGCGGCAGCGACAGGCUCAGGCCGUUUCUCGACCGCGGCCUCCGCGUCGCCGCCGCCUCACCGGACAUGGCGUACCUCCUGAAAGGCACGCCGGCGGAGGCGUGGCUAGGCACGGUGCAGCGCGGGGACGUCAGCCCCGGCAGCAUCCCCCUCGGGCAGAACCUCUCCAACCUCCUCCGUCUCGCCCUGCUCUACAAGUACGGCGGUGUCUACCUCGACGCCGACGUCGUCGUCCUCAGGCCCUUCUCCGACCUCCGCAACGCCAUAGGCGCGCAGGCCGUGGACGCGGCCACCGGCGACUGGAUGCGCCUGAACAACGCCGUGAUGGUGUUCGACCAGGGCCACCCGCUGCUCCGCGAGUUCAUCGCCGAGUUCGCCGCCAAAUUCGACGGAAGCAAGUGGGGGCACAACGGGCCGUACCUGGUGUCGAGGGUGGCGGCGAGGUGGCGUCGCCGGAGACCGGAGGCUGACCUGACGGUGCUGCCGCCACAGGCGUUCUACCCCGUCGACUGGAACAAGAUCGGUGGGCUGUUUGUUGCACCCAAGGACAGGAAGGGCGAGAGGUGGGUGAAGGCCAAGGUUGAGAGCAUCAAAGGUGAGAGCUUUGGCAUCCAUCUGUGGAACAGGGAGAGCAGGAACCUGGAAAUGGAGGAAGGGAGUGUGAUUGGAAGGUUACUCUCAGAUAGCUGCUUGUUCUGCAAUUCUUCGAUGUUUGCUAAGCAUGAAUAGUUGCACAAAUGCAAAGAGAUAGUAGAGUGAUCGGAAUCAGUGGGAUGUCAGACAAAUAGCACAUCUUCACUUGCAGGCAAGCAAUCACAUAAUAACAGUGGCUUUGCACUUGUAA